AUGGAUGCCACCCCUAUGGAUGUAUUGCAGUUCAGCUUGGAAAAUGACAAUCACUGUGGCAGACCCUCAGCCUUAGAUGACGAUAUUUUGAAGGUAACCAUUGCAAAAAACUUGAAUAUUACAACUAGAGAACUUGCAGAGAAGUUGGAAAUUUCCAAAAGUUCCAUUCAUGAAUACUUAAUGAAAAUUGGGUAUGUUUCUUGCUAUAAUGUUUGGGUACCUCACAAACUGUCAGAACAAAACUGCAUGGACCAGUAUUCCAUUUGUGAUAUGCUUCUGAAACACAAUGAAAAUAAGCCUUUCCUGAAAGAACUGAACUCCCCAAAAGGAAAAUCAUUUAAUGAUUUAGAUGGUGUCAAAACCCACUUAGGUGACUUCUUUUCCUUAAAAGUAACUGAGUUUUAUGCUGAUGGAAUAUUUAAAUUGCCUGCUAGGUGGACUAAGGCCAUAGAAAACAAUGGGAAUUACUUCAAUGAAUAA